AUGCCGCUCCCGCUGCAGCAGCAUGAACGGCAGCAGCGCGCCGCGGAGCAGGUUUUAGACCGGCGAUUAAGACCAGUGUACGACAUGGUUGACUCGCGGAACCUGAAAGGCGCAUUGAAGCUCGUUAAUACUCUUGUUCAGAAAGCGGGAAAUGACCAGGCUCCGAUUAAGCUGGUGAAGGCGCUGGUGCUGUACCGCAUGGGGCGGGAGGGGGAGGCGCUGGAGGUUUGCGGGGAGGUGCGGGAGGAGGGGCGCGCGGGGCAGCUCUCGGAGCGCACGCUCAUGGACCUCAUGGAUCUCCUGGCCAGAAUGGGCAAAGCCCACGCGGCAAUAGAGGCGUUUGAAGUGGCAGCAGCACAGCAGGCGGGCAACUUGAAAGUGCAGGGGGGGGCCCACGAGGCAGUGGAGGCGUUUGAAGCAGCGGCAGCGCAGCAGGCGGACAAUACCAAGCUGCAAGAGCUGCUGAUGGGGGCGGCACUUCAAAUAGACGCGUUUGAGGCGGCAGCAGCGCAGCAGGCGGAGAACAUGAAGCUGCAGGAGCUGCUGGUGGGGGCGGCACUGAAGAGCCGCGGCUACGUGAAGAUGCAGCAGGCCGCCAUGCGCAUGCACAAGAAGAGACCCAAAGACGACAGGUUCCUCCUCUGGGCCGUCUGUAGCAUGGACCUGCAGGCAUUCGAGAAGGAAAAUCACGCAGUCUGCCACCUUCCGCCGUCCGUCUCCUCCUUCCACCUGCCAGCUCCUGCUGCCGCCACGUCAGCACCGGGUGCCACAUCAGCACCGCCCACACCCGCAUCAGCAGCUGACGUGGCAAAGCAGCGGCGGCAGCUGCUCCAGCUGGCAGAGGCGAUGGUCCAGAGAAAGGCACAGAGCGAGGGCGGGUUGAAAUCGGCUGAAGCACUUCGCCUGUACGUGGACCUGUUGAGGCGGCAGGGCAAAGGGGAGGAGGUGGUGAGAGUGCUGCAAGGGCCCAUGGCCGCCCUCUUCACAAUCAAAUCAGAUCUGCUGCAGAUCCGGGGCGAGGUGCAGCAGGACUUGGCGCGCUUCACUGAUGCUGCUGCCACCUUCAAGGACCUGCUGGGCGUGAGCUCCUCCGGAUCCUCUCCCGCCCAAGCAAUCUCCGUGUUUCACCGUCUAUGUAUGCAAUACCUCCCCCUCCACCAGCUCUUCAAGAUUCUCUCUGAAGCGGAUCGAUUCUUCCAGGGCCUCAGGGACAGCCUCUUGGCACAGCACUCAGCGCACCAGCGUCUCUCGGGCAGCGGGCAGCCGGAAAUGAAAAAAGUGGAGGAGGGCAGCGAGCAGGACGGGGCCCAAGGAGCAGAGGCAGGGGCAGAGGAUCCUAGUAAGGCAAGCAGCGCCAGUAGCAGUGAUGCAUCAGCUGUGGAAGCAGCAGCGAGCAGCAGCAAGGGUGCGCGCGUGGCGAGGGGACCGUUUCUGAUGCGCCUGGAGGUGCUGCUGAGGCGCAUGCGCCUGCUGCAGUGGUUCGGGUGCAGCCCAGGGGAGGUGCUAUCUGCUGCUGCCGACCUGGAGAGCGCCCUGCUGGGCUACUUUGACAGGCAUGGCGACAUGAUCAGCUUUGCCUCGGACGUCCAAGCCUACGCCCUGGCCCUGCCCACGGAUGUCCGGGCCAGGCUUGGGGCCGAGCUCCGAAGCAAGCUGACAGGCUUGGAACCCCUAGGGGGAGAGGGAGGAGUCGGAACUGGAGAGAGCAGGGAGGAGCAGAGGGAGGGGUCAGGGAAGGAGGGGAGGAGUGAGGAGGGGGAGAAAGAGGGAAAGGAGGUGGGUGAGAGUGAGAGUGAGAGGAGGGAGGGGGAGGGGAUGAGGGAGAUGAGGAGGAGGCUGCGGAGGAUAAUAAGUGUGGAGCAGGUGGAUGGGUCCAUGGGUAACUGGCGGGCCCUGGAUGACCGUGCCCUCAUCUCCCGCGCACAGCACUGCGUCCGCCUCUUCCUGGAAGCUUCCCCGCUCUCUGCCGCUCUGGACCCCCGGGAGAAGGGGCAUGCGGACGAGCUGCUGCCCGUUUCUGCCUCCUGCCUCGUGGAGGUGUACCGGCGGCGCCAGCCAGAGGGCGUGGGCUAUCUCAUAGAGGCAAUCCUGGUGCUCACCUACGGUGCCUCCCUCCGCCCGUACGUUGCUCUCUUACAUUUUCUUGAGAUGCUUUUACGUGAUAUGACUUUUGAGGCGCCUCAAAACCCAUACGAUGCUCUGUUACAGUUUUCAGUGUUUGUGUGCUGUAUGGCAUUCCUUGCCUUGGACCCAGUUGACUCGUUCGCUGUGUUCUUCCCCCAUCCAUUAUUCUUCAGUCCGCUGUUCAACACCAUGCUCGUGAGCCUCUAUGGCCUGCUGGGCUGCCCCUCGCUUGCCCUCGCCAGCUUCCAGCGUUUGAGCGCCAAGCACAUACAGCUGGACACGCUCACGCACCUCGUGCUGCCGUACCUGCACCAAUCGGCAUCGCUUGCUGACGUCAGCGCGCUGCAUGCUGACAUGCGUGCUUUUUUCAACGACCACGUGUCCGUGAGUCCGCUGCCUUUCACCAUCGCGUGCAGCACUCCCACCAACGCCUCCUCGCUUUUGAGGCGCCUCAAAAGUUCUCCCUAUGAUUCUCCCUCCCGUGUCAGGUCCAUCCGUGAGUUUGCAGCUUUCCACCAUCGCCUAAAUCACUCACACCAGCGCCUCCUCCUCUCGCCCAACUCCCUCCUCCUCUCCCUCCCCCUCGCCCUCCUGCCCCCCUCCUCCCACCCCUCGGCCCUCACCUCAUCCCCCCAACCCAAUCAAUCCGCUUCGGCAGCUCCGAACCAAACCGCUGCUUCCGAACCUGUGGCGCAGGUUCGGGAGGUGCUGCGGGCAGCAGGGGGCGGGCGGGAGGAGGUUCGGCAGGUAGUUGCGGAGCAGCUGGGUCUGGUUAGGUUGAACGAGGACUGGGGUGUGCGGCCGUGGUGGGACCCCUUGCCUCUUCCUUUCACUGGACUCCUGGGACUCUUUGGAAAAGGCCAAUCACCACCCGACAGCUGGACCAGCCUCGAAUCGCCACACAAGCAACAAUCCCGCGAGUCGCUGUUGCUACAGCACGCGCAGUCCAGAGGCCUCCUCCCCCGCCUGCUCUUCCUCUCCCUCUCCUCCCCCUCCCACCUCUUCCCACCUCAAGGGCCGAAAGGGGAGGUGGGAGCUGGGGUAGGUGCAGCUGCGGGGGGAAAAGGAGGGGAGGGCGCGGGGGGGAAGGGGAAAGGGGGGAAGGGGAAGGGGGGGAAGAGUGAAGGAGGGAAGGGGAAAGGGAGUGGAGGGGGGAAAGAAGGGAGCGGUAGUGGGAGCAAGGCCGAAGAAGGAACAAAGGCAAUGAGUUUAGUGGGAGCCUCAGGGGGUGGAGAGGAUUUUGAGGCGGUGCAAGGGGAGUGGGAAGCGGUGCUGCGGCAAUACUGCCGGUUGAGUGCGGUUGGGGAGGAGGAGAUGGAGCGGAUGGCGGAGGAGGGAGUGGUUGACUCCGCCCUGCAGCAGCAGGACCUGCCAUCUCUGCUAGCCCGGCUGCUCUGUCUGCUCUUCACCGCCUCGCUCUCACUGCACCGCCUCCAAUCCCCCACCACCGCUGCCACUACCAACACCAGCGCCACCACCAGCACCACUACUAACGACAGUGCACCCACAGCUGCUGCUGCUGUGAGUGCCAAGAGGGCGGUGGGACUGGUGCAGGCUGUAUCUGCAGCUCUGGCCGCCAUACUUCAGCUGCUGCACAAGGAAUGCGUGCUGCCAGCAGCUUCCACCGAAGCUUCUGCAGAAGCUUCCCAGAAGCACCUUCCGCCUCUGGUGGUUUCUGGGAAGCUGCUGUCAUGCGCUUUGGGAUUGUUUAUUGGUGAGUCUGCCUUUUGGUUGUCGAUUAUCAUAUCCCACUGGCACUCUACAGCACAGAGCCAACCACCUGUUGGGAAGAAGACAAAAAAGACCGCCCAGGAUGCGGCCCAGCAAAGCCUGCCGGACGAGGUGGUUCGGGCAGUCAAAGCUGCCCAGGAGUUGGCUCAGGCAGGACUACAAUCCCUGCGAAAGGCCUUGUCCGGUCAGAUUAGCGGUAAGGGUCGUCUGCCCGAUAAUGACAUGGCUUUUGCUCUUAUCGAGUUGCUCCCUGGCGUGAACAGUAGUGUAGCUGUAGAUGAUCAAAGGACGGUAGCAGGGAGAGUGGUUGGCGAUCUAUGCAAGGUGAAAGAAGGGUUGAAGGGAGGAGCAUCGGGCCAGCAGGAUGCAAGCAUCACUUCAACGGAAGGCAGAAGAGACAAGGAAAAUGGACUGCAAAGAGAUAGCGAUGGUGAUUCUGGAGAAGGUGGUAGUGGUGUGGAUGUGGCGUCUGGUGAUUGGAGCAUCAGCUCUGCUGCUGAGAGGGUGCUGUGGAGCCAUCGACGGUUCAUUCAGCAACUCGUUGCCUUGCUAGAUUGCCAGAUUAGCAUCCUAGGUUCCACUUAG